UGAAUGUGUUCUCCACUUUGCAUGGUUGAAGUGCGCUUCGUAUUUCCGGCCAUGCCUUCCUCUUCAUUCUUCGUCCUCCGGCCAUCUUUGUUCCACUCAUCUGACGUUCUCACUCGCCGGACUUCAUUCCACUUCUCUCCCGCGCAGUCUUAUUCUGAAACCCCUUCUUUCUACCGUCGGAGAUUCUUCAUCUUCUCAAAGUUUUCACCGGAACCCAUUGAGUCCGCCCCAGUGGAAUCGCUGCACUCGGAAGAGACCGAAGACUUCACAGAGAAGAAGUUACAAAGGGAUUUCUACCUGGAGGAGAUGACCUGCGACGAGGGUUUCGAGAUCGAGGUUCUGAAGGUUGACGGCAAGAAGAAUAGGCGGCGGAUCCAAUCCCGUGUCCGAGUGGAUGCCGACCUAAUCACGCUAUGGAGGGUUCUGACGGACUACAAUGGCCUCGCUAACUUUAUUCCAAGCUUGGCUGUGAGCCAGUUGCUGGAAAAGAGGGAGAAUUUUGCGAAGCUUUAUCAGGUUGGUGAGCAGAAUCUGGCCUUGGGCUUGAAAUUUAACGCCAAAGGAGUUUUGGAGUGCCAUGAGGGAGAUCUUGAAGCCAUUCCCUUUGGCUGGAGGAGGGAUAUUGAGUUUAGGAUGGUUGAAGGCGACUUCAAGACUUUUGAAGGCAAGUGGUAUAUUGAACAGAUUGAUGAUGAAAAACAUGAAGAUGGAGAGGUCCUAUCAGAGAGAGAACAUAGGACCACACUUUCGUAUAUUGUAGAAGUAGAACCAAAGCUUUGGUUACCUGUGCGUUUACUUGAGGGAAGACUUUGUAGGGAGGUCAAGAUUAAUCUACUAUGCAUUCGCGAUGAAGCUCAAAGGAUCCAGAGACUUGAAACUGAAGUGAGCUCUUCCAGGGACUUGUGAAGACAGCAUGAAGAGAGUAGCCUUAUUGUAGUGCCCGCUAUACUUGCAGAGCUACUUUGUUAUGUACACUUGUGGUUGUUUUUAUGAUUUGGUCCAAUAAAUUAAUCAAAACUGCAAAAUUGUCUGCAUUUAUUCGAAUCAAAAGAAGCAGGCUUUGAUGUAAAUUAAAUUCACUCACAUUCCAGUGAACCAAACUUUAUAAAUUACAUUUGCAUCAAGCAACCUCUUGAAGUGAAGGUGAAGGUUUGAAUGAAUAUAAAUUUGAUAGGAAGGGUUAAUACUGACAAAGUGGUGUAUUAUUUUGACAAAUAAUAUCUGGCAUGUAAUAAAUAAUGUUAAUAAUAGCGCAGGAUUUUCUGAUGCUGAUUUUGUUCAACAACCCUGACAAAAAUGAUCAA